AUGCAGCAGAGUCCGUACGCCUCUUCUGCAUCACACAGACAGUCACCCUCGCGCGACUCGGACGCCACUCUGUAUCCGCCCUCGCAAGCGUCCAGCAUGACUUUAACCAGCGAAGAAGCUGGCACACGAUCCUCGCAUGGCUCUGGGCGCUCGACGCACUCGAGACGGGUGCAAAACCCCCAGCAGCAGCUCUCGCAGAUCGAGAAGAGCGUCACCCAUCUCCUCGUCGCCACGAAGCAGCUCCUCGAGACCCUCACGCUCUGGUCGAGGGGGACCGCCACCGAAAGCGAAGUCUCGGAUGUCUACGUGCGUCUGGGCUACGAAUUUAACAUUGCCUCGCGCGCCUUCAACGCUAUCGGCGUCGAUACCCAGGACCUCGGAAAUGUCCCGGAACUGUUGCGAGGGAUACUGGAGGAGACGCUCAGCCAGGAAGCCUCCCAGGCCAGCCUAGACAACUUCUUACCACGCAUUCGGGACAUCAUCAUCAAUCUUCUCCAUGGACUGAAAAAGAAACAACAGCGCUUACGCCAGCGAAGCGGGCGGGAUGGCAUUCCCAACGGGACCAGUCCUCGGCAGGGCAGCGUCGGCAGCACCAGCGAAAUAGAGGAGCCACAAUCGCGAGCAUCAAGCACAAGACUCCCUCCGCGACAGGAUAGCAGCGACUACGUCACCGAUGGCCCCGAUCUUCCUCCUCGUUCAUCCUCUGUGCCGGGGAGAUCCUCGCCCAACAAAUAUGAUGCCAACCCCUCCAAUCCCAGGGCCAACCGUGGUACUGCCGGAAGCCAACUCUCGACAGACUCCUCCCUGUCGAGCAACACGAUGCAGCAAAUCCCCGUUAUCGCCCCGUAUCCGCCCGACGAUACCAUGCCAACGUCUCCCGACCCACGAGCACCACCCGCCUACAAUGUCUCAGACUUCCCGCCUCCUCCACCUCCCCCAAAACAGCAAGAUGCCUUGGCUGCUCUACAACGUGGCGGCGAGCUGGAGAGAAGGGCUUCGCGACGAUUUUCCGCAUACCAGAUCCAGAAGCACCUUGGUACGAAUGGAAUCCCUCUUCCUCCGACACAGAACUCGCCAAUACCGAACCGAGGGAGGGAUGCUCGAGAAUCUAUGAAUGCUGUUCGGAUCAGAGGAUCGCUACUUCACAGUCGACAGAGAUCCGCCCAGAAACUACCUAUAGAUACGUCGUACGAGAAAGGUACUGAUGUUUCCAGGCGCAUUUCGGAGGAAAGUUCUCAGGGCUCUGCCCCUAGUAUAAAGCCACCACGCGAACCGUUGCCGGAAGAUAGCCCUGUUCAAAAGACUCCCGAAGACAAAUUGGGACCUUCUCGCUUCCUCGAGAGCGAUAGACCCUUGGUUGGUGCUACCCUCAGCGGGCCGUUGAGCGAACCAGUCGAGCUGCCUGCGGAUUCUCCCACAAAAGAUCAGAAGCCUGCAAGCAUUCCUGCAAGGAAUGGAUCUCGAAGGGUAAAGUCGCCAUCCCCGCAGCCUGACCAGUUUAUUCCGGAGCAAUCACCGCAACCUGGCAAGGAGCUUACCCUUUUCUUGCAAUACAGAAGCAAGAUCAAGAAGUACGUUUUUGCCGAUGGAUCUGAUCUCUCAGCCGGCCGAUUGCAACUUGCAUUCAUAGAGAAGUUUGCCUGGGACACCCACCGUAACGGAGAGCUCCCAGAGAUAUACAUCCAGGAUCCUGUCUCAGGCGUCCGGCAUGAGCUCGAAGACAUCAACGACAUUAAAGACCGCUCAGUUCUUGUUCUUAAUGUCGAACAGCUCGAUGAAGUUAAGCAUCAUAUCGACGACAAAUUCGGAGGACUGAGUCGUUUAGUCGAGAGCAUCAAGACAGUUGUCACAGACCAGCAGUCCGCCAUCCAACGUGUUGCCGAGCGCCAGCAACAAGCUGCAAAGGAAAUUGCCGGUAUCGCGGCAGCGCCGGCCGUCUCAUCCGCGCGGGUCUCAACAGUUCUUACACCUCGUUCCCCAAUGCCUUCGAACGGGUCAUCUGAUGUCUCCAUUUCUUCAGCUGCUCAGCUUAGCGAAGUCCAAUCACUCCGACGAGACUUGGCGGUUGUGCGUCAAACUUACUCCUCGUUUGCUUCUGACAUUGAAGCAAGCAUGUCCGCCAUCCGAACUAAAGCUGCUGCUGUGAAGUCGACUGCUAUUAAAGUGUCCUUGCCAGCCCUCACCGGCGAUAGCGGUCGCUCAUACGUAAAUGCUGGGAAGAAGACUCUCCAAGACGAUUCUGAGAAGAUCGUCACUCGUGUGGACGAUCUUCAGGAUGUCGUCGAAGAUCUCCGCAAAGAUGUUGUAUCUCGCGGUGUCCGGCCUCUGCCCCGUCAACUUGAAACUACUGCCAAAGACCUUUCUAUUGCAACUGCCGAACUAAAGAAGCUGCAGGACUUCCUGGCUAAAGAGAAACCACUUUGGACUAAGAUUUGGGAGCAAGAGUUGCAGACGGUCUGCGAAGAGAGGGAUUUACUAACUAUGCAGGAGGAGUUGGCAGCCGAUCUUCGGGACGAUUUGGAGAAAGCGGCCCAAACGCUAGAGCUUGUUGAGCAGGCAACAAAGCAACAGAACCUCCAAACGGACGAGAAACAAGGGACCGCUCGUUCUGCCAGUGGACGUAAUCUCCUUCAUGCAGUUGCAUAUGAUAAAGCUGUUGAUCCUCGCCAGGCUCGAGAUGGAGUUUUGGGAGAGGUCAAGGCACUCCAACCGAACCAUGAAGGACGAUUAGAAGCUAUCGAAAGAGCUGAAAAAGCGAGGCAGCGUGAGCUUGAGGAGAGGCGUGAAGGAGAAUUCAAGAAAGAGCUAGGCUCGUUUGUUGAAGAGGGCAAGCUCAAGAAGAGUGGCGGUGUUGAAGAAGCCGAACGCUUGCGCAAAGCGAAGGAUGAGCGAGCCCGCAAAGAGAAUUGGGAGAGGCAAAAUGCGAGAGCUAAAGCUGCUGCUGCUGUCGCUGCUAGCACGGAAAACGGGGCGGAAGAGAGGAAAGAUGGGGAGAACAAAGCGGUUGGAGCACCACCUACGAACGGAGAAGAGGCGAACGAAGCAAAGGCGCAGGCACCAGAAGAUAUGCCGAUUCGAACCUACUCGGUAAGACCUUGGGUAAGAGUCGGCAUACCACCUCUUCCAAUCUCACCUGUUCCGAGCCUUGUAGACAUAUCGCCGAAUGAUCUCUCCCAGUCUGCUCCUAGUUCAACAAUACGACUCGUGGAGCCCACACCCGCACCAGAGUCUCCAACACCUUUACAAAAUCCAACUUAUAUGUCUGGAACCCCAACCAGCGAAGCAACAUCUCCACCGACAGCAAAGCCCACCUCUACCACAAUCGUUCCAGAGCGCCGUACGCCCAGAUCCAGCUUCUUCGGACCCCGCGACAAGGAUAAGGCGAGCCCGAAAACCCCCCCCACAGUCCGUCCACGCGGAAAGACAGUUCCUAUGGCGGUCCCUUCGACACCAGAGCGAGCUGAUACGGCUAGCCUGCAUUCAUUUACGCCCAGUACGAGUAGCAAGCAUAUCUCAUCCUGGUUUUCGGGAUUGCUGGGUCGUUGAAAGGCAACGAGCUGCUCACCACUACUCUACUCUUUGUAUUAUGGUUUCAUCUGCUUUAACAGAGAACGCUGCAUCUUAUCACCUAUUAAUGUUAUCGCCUUUUUCAUCAUGGCGUAUAUGGCGCCGUUGUUUC